GGGUACUAUAUAAGAAUACCUAGGUACAGUAGGUGAUAUCUAUCUCAAUUUGAUAGUUGCACCUCCCUAAGGUAUGCCUGUGUAAUAGUAAUAACUUAAACUCAUUUCCCAUUUCCCAUUUCCCUAGCAAGCACUGCCUUCGUAUGAAUUAAUUUUAAUAUGAGGUACCUUACCUACCUAAGGUAUCUUCAACUCUCGGUCCCUCAAAAACUUCUCCAAGUCAUUCAUUAAACAAGUUAAUUAUCCAUCGAAGUCAUCCUUAACUCAUCACUCUUAAUAAGCUUCAGAAUCACAGCCUUUCGUUCCAUCUUCCGGUUCUAAGCAAACCAAUUCGUGUUAUCCUCUCUACACUACCUAGGCACCUAUUAGUCCCCCUCAGCAAUGGCAGUCAACGACAUAUCCUCAAGCGCAAGAGCCAGGGCCAACGAGUUGCUUGCUUACAGCCAACGUCAUGUAGACCGCGUCGUGAGCCCACCAACGCGACAGAAGGCUUACGACUGGGUUUACGACUUAUCAACCGAGAGGCCUAUCUUGUUUUCAUUCGUCGCCUUUCAAUUUACCCUCUCUCUCGCGCCUCUGCUUCUCUUUGCAGGCUUCGCGGCGACCACUAUUGCCGUCUCUUUAAUCUCCGCCGUCCUGUUCUCGCUCUUUUGGAUCGGCAUCGCCACACUUUUCCUUGUUCCGACCCUCUGCCUCGCCUUUACCAUAUCCCUAUUAUUAUGGGCAUGGGCAGUCGCCACUUUCUUCGCUGUCCGCUGGGCCUAUCAGAGGCUACCGUUCAGCGUUGAUAGAAAUGGCAGAAUAGUGACUCGCGACAGCGGCGGGAAGAAGAUUAUCUUCGACAAGAAGAACAACACUGGCGUCGACUUGAAAGUCGAGGCCGAGGUGGUUGAGGCCAAGGAAUAGAUUGCCAGCGAGGUUAUAUGGAUCGCGAUGGAGGCUGGUUGGUUCAUGAUACGCCAAGGCACCGUGGCGUUGUUGAAGCUCAGGUUUUGGCUG